CCGGUGAGCUGGUGAUGCUCCCAACUCCCGUGGUAUCACCCGUAGUGUCCAAUCGGGAGUGCGGUGCCGCAGCAGGCGCUGCCCUGCGCUCGCAGCGGGACUGCCACUCACAGCUGGCUCAGUGGCACCGGGUGCUGCUGGAUGUUCGUGCCUGAACGCUGAGUGGGCUUGCAAUGACUAUGUCAGAAAACACAAGAGACUCAGCAGAAAGGUCACCUACAUCAGACCUCAACGUGGCACUGCGUGAAUGUAUGGCAGCUCUGGAUUUAUUUCUUAACAACAAGUUCUCAGAUGCUUUGGCUUCUUUACAAGCAAAAACUAAAGACAGCAUGUAUCAUGCCCUGACUUAUGCCACCAUAUUGGAAAUGCAAGCUAUGAUGACAUUUGAUCCUCAGGACAUACUGAAUGCAGGGAACACAAUGAAGGAAGCUCAAGCCACCUGUCAAAGAUUUAGGAAGAAAUCCACAGUAGCUGAUUCUAUCAACAACCUUGUACAUAGACAAAGCCUUGAACACUUUACUGAAGAGGAAAUCCAUGCAGAAAUUUGCUAUGCUGAAUGUUUACUUCAGAGAGCAGCACUCACAUUCCUCCAGGAUGAGAAUAUGGUAAGCUUCAUAAAGGGAGGCAUCAAAGUCCGAAACAGUUACCAAACAUACAGGGAGCUGGACAGUCUCAUACAGUCCCCACAUUAUGUCAAAGGAGAGAACCAUCUUCAUUUUGAGGGAGGUGUAAAACUUGGAGUUGGAGCAUUUAAUCUGACGUUGUCCAUGUUCCCUGCACGGAUCCUGAGAUUACUGGAGUUUGUUGGAUUUUCUGGAAACAAGGAACAUGGUCUGCUGCAGCUUCAAGAAGGAGCAUCAUCAUACAGCUUUAGGUCGGUGCUGUGUACCAUGCUGUUGCUUUGCUAUCAUACUUUCAUGACCUUUGUGUUAGGGACAGGAAAAGGAAAUGUUGAGGAGGCAGAAAGACUACUUAAGCCUUACUUGGCUCGCUAUCCAAAGGGAGCCAUAUUCCUGUUUUUUGCAGGCAGGAUAGAAACACUAAAGGGUAAUAUUGAUGCGGCAGUCAAUAGGUAUGAGGAAUGCUGCGAGGCUCAGCAGUACUGGAAGCAGUUCCAUCACAUGUGUUACUGGGAGCUGAUGUGGUGCUUCACCUACAAGCGCCAGUGGAAGAUGGCUUUCUUCUAUGCAGACCUGCUGAGCAAAGAGAACACUUGGUCAAAGGCUACUUAUAUUUACAUGAAAGCUGCUUAUCUCAGUAUGUUUGGACCAGAUGACUGCAGCCCUUUUGGAGACAGCGAAGCUGAAUUAUUUAGGAUUGUUCCCACUCUGAAACUGAAAAUUGCAGGGAAAUCUCUGCCUACAGAAAAGUUUGCAAUUCGGAAAGCGCGACGGUAUCUUUCUCCAAACCCUGUUCCUUUGCCUGUUCCACCUUUGGAAAUGAUGUAUAUCUGGAAUGGCUAUGCUGUAAUUGGAAAAUGUCCCAACUUAACAGAAGGCAUGUUAGAGACUUUAAUUGAAGCAGAAGAAGCAUUGGCAAGAAGUUCAGCUACAGAAUUACUAGCAGAUGACCGGUGUGUGAUAAAGCUGUUAAAGGGAUUAUGCCUCAAGCAUUUGGGCAAGAUCUCAGAAGCAGAAGAACAUUUUAAUUACAUCUAUUUAAAUGAGAAGAAAAUAAAAUACGAUCAUUAUCUAAUUCCAAAUGCCUUGCUGGAGUUGGCAAUACUGUAUCUAGACCAAGAUAGAAGAGAAGAAGCAAUAAAACUUCUGGAAAAAGCAAAACAAAACUACAAGAAUUACUCCAUGGAAACAAGGACACAUUUCAGGAUUCAAGCUGCCCUGCACCAAGCCAAAUCCACCCCAGAAAAUGGAAUGCACUCUGGAGCCUCAGCAGUGUCGUAACUUUUUCUUCUUUGAUGUCCUGUUUGUUGCAAACUUUGGUGCAGAAAAUUACUGACACUUUAGAGUUAUUUUUCCCUCUCUUUCAAGUCAGUGAAAAGCCAAAUAACUUAAAAUUUUAAAGGCGAUGCAUAAAACGUUAAUCUCGUGUAACAACAUGGCAAAAAACCUCUCAAAACCAACCAUAUAACCCUGAAUAUUGUUUUUCCAGCAGUGGCUUUUUGAAUAUUUACAUCUGUGUCAUUCAGUUUUCAAUCGUGUGCCUUUUUCUUGCGUUUGCAACAUUAUGUUGUAGCUUUGCUUAGCGAGAGAGGGGAACAACUGAAAAAAAAACCCCAAACAACAAAACUUCAGGUUUCAUGGAUUUAAUCUCACUUAGCUCUAAAUGUUUGUUUGGAUCCAUGCUGCCAGCAGUUGAGAAGGAAGCAUCGCUUUUUCCCAGUACCUGCGUUGUUGGAAUGGUGUGAGAAAACCUUGGUGCACAUGGAACACAUUGGGGAGGAGCUCUGGAUCCUGGGCAUUUCUAGUUGUGCAUGGGAAGUUCCCUUUUACCAACUUUUACCAGUCACAUUUUGCUUCUUUAAAAAACUUGCUGGUGAAAAGAAUGGUCUCCCUUAUGCUGGUACCUUGACUUUAAUUUGGUUUUCCUGUCAAGUCUGCUGCUUGUAGCAGCUGAAUAAUUUACUGAGGAUUGUGGGGGAAAGGUGAUGACAGUAUAAAACUGCAUCACUUCUUCCUUGACCAUGCAGAGUUCUUAGAAAAUGUUUUUGCCACAGUGAACAUGAUCUGAAGUUCAUAUCAAAUUUAAAGCACAAGUCCUUGAAGGUCAUUUAAGAAACAGCAAUAUUGCUCUGGCUGCACAGCGAUACAGGGGUUCCUGUGACACUCCGUUCCUUAAGAUGGGUGUCCUUAGGGCUGCCCAACUGGAGAUGUCCAUGUUGAAAGAGGCCGAUGCUUCCUGUGUGAAGAAGCUGGGGCUGGAGGAGGUUCCCUUGGUGCAAAGGAGCCCUUUGUCUUUUUGCUCUUCACUGAUCUUUUGGGAGAUUUUCCGUGUAACUGGCUUUGGGAGUAGAGCAAUGAGCUGGGUCUGCUUUCCAAUGCUGGCUGCCAUGGAACUGCUGCAAAACUGCUGAAGUUAGUUGUAACACAGCUUUGACUCAUAUUUAUUGUUCUUCAGGCUAGUUCUAUGUUUGUAAGCCUAUGGGUUUUUGGGGCACACUUCUACCUCCCUUUUGAAAGAGCUUCUUCCCCAUGACCCAUUCUGAUGGGUGGAGAUGGGAGGUCUUCUGACAGCCCUUUUUCUCCAAUGGAGAUGUUUGCCAGGAAGAUUCAUAUCUAUGUACCUCACAGUGAAUGUCCUUUCUAAAGUGAUUGUUCCCAGCAGAAGAGAAAAUCAACAGUUUAUAGCUCUGCUUUUACCUUCUCUAAGGAAAUUACAUUGUUUUAUAAUUGCAAAAUAAUAUGCAAGGAGACAGAACCACCUGUUCCUCAACAAGGAGAACUUGCAUUGUCUUAAAAACAGACACCCUUUAUAAAAGCCUUUCCAAGUCAAAAUCAUAGGUGAAGAAUGUGUUUUAUAAAGUGACUUUCUCAGAUAAAUUCAGUUCAGAUAAAUUUCUCAAUUCAGAUAAAAUUCAGUAUAAACAGUUACGCUAUUUACGUGCAGCACAUCAAAACUUCAGUGUAAAAACUCAGUCAUUCUUUGUAUAGAAUAAAAAUGUUUCUUGUUCUAUUAUUGCAUAUAACGCCUCUUCUUCUAGUUGUGUCCUUUUCAAAUAUUUUGGCAGCCUUAGCAUCUUCUAAGCAAGUAAUAAUGCCAUGUGAAAAUUAGCAUAAAUUUUACUUUGCAGAAAGUGAACAAUCCUUCUGAGUGUAGAUUCAUUUCUCAAGGCCACUGAAACCUCUUUGAAAUUUCACCCACAACAGAGUUUCCCCUGAUCAUAGAUACACUGCACAAAGGACAUACUAUGCAAUACACAGCCAGCUUCCCUGAUGCUUUGCAGCAAUGAAAAUCCCAAGAUUUUCCUAAGGUUUUCAUAGCCUUCAGAAGAUUUUCAUAGUCAGCUUUGGUUGAACACCAGCACCAGUGACAUUGUGGACCUGAUCUCCAGCUUCAGCUGAGGACUUUGUAGUUCACUGUGAUCUUUCACUCUUUUUGGUUCCCAAGCAAGAGGAAAUAAUCAACCUUCCUGAUGCAACAAGGAUUUAUGGACUAAUAAUAUGAAUUCACUAAAGGAAAGUAGCACCUUGCUUGCUAAAUGAUGAGUGGAAGGUCUGGUACGUUGCCACUGUGUAAGUUUUUCAAUGUGUUACAUUUUGAAUUGCCCACCAUGACUUUGCUCAUCAGUUCACUUCAUUUGGUGCUCCUCCGUGGUGGGGAUCACAAACUCCGUGGUGUCAGUCUGGGCUGGAAGGUCGAUGCUGGGAUUGUUUUUCCACUGCUCUUCCUGAGGCUACUGCAUUCUGCCUGGAGCAGCUUUCCAGAACAGGGAAUUGCUUCAUCAGCCUGGAGGUCCUGAGUGCAGUGAAUUGGGGAAAGCACAAGUGGUGUGAGUUCUCAAACAGCCUCAGAGUUCAGUGCGUUCACUUAGUGGAAAAUAGCGGAUAUUCUAAUGGAAUCACAAAUCAGAGACUGGAGCAUGGCCUAAGAUUCAGGAGAUGGAAGCAGUACUGCAGGAGCACUUAACUGCAGAAGGAGCACUACCUUCUGCUUUCAAAUGUUGAACUGAGUGAUACUUGAGAAACCUCGCUGUGUACCAGGCUUUAGCCAACAAUUGCCACAAUCAGCUCUUCCUGGUCCUCAGCAAAGCCAGAGAUGUUACCCAAAGACAAAAAUUACUAACUCAUAUGCCAGAAAAGAGCUCUCUGGACUUGGUAGGACCUUUAUCGUAAAACCUACAAACUAUAUUUCUUUUUCUAUGUAGUUUUUUUAUUAACACUGGUAAGUAGUUUCCUGCCAGUGACCGAGGAGGGGCAGAAAUUCAUACUCCUGGAUGUCUGCAGCAGUGGCCAUGUGAGAUAUUGCUGUCACCUGAAAGUGGUGCUGGGCAGGAAGGGAAAAGCAAUGAAAUGAGCAUCACUUUUAUCAUUAGAUGUGUUAUGUGGAAUCCCGGUAUGUAGGGUCUCUCCUUAAACUGAGGGGGCAGAUGAGCUGAAAAGCCAGCAGCUCCCACUGAGGUCCAAUGAGGUGCAUCUGCAUCAACUCCCAGCUCCUGGAAAUAACAGGAGAUGAGAUAUAACCUGUUGGAUCAAGAAGGGUGGGCUGAAGCUGAACCUGGUCACAGGUUUUCUCGAUGAUUAGAAGAGAUUUUGAUGAAGUCACAAACAUGAUACAACUACUAUUAUCUUGAAACACCCACUUAUGAUUGCUCAACUAAACCAGUGGCAUAGGAGCCUGCUUUGAUUACUGAUAUGCAGUCCUAUUGUGAACUACAAUUAGCACAUGCUGUCAUGGAUGGUUAGUUUAAAGAUUGUCCCCUCCUAACUGUGCCUGGCCUCAGGUUGUUUACAAAUUCAAAACUUGGCUUAGGAAACUGCAUUUUAUAAAAUAUAGCAGCAUAGAGCAGGAUCAUAUCAAGCAUUUCCUCCCAUUUCACACUGGUUUUGGAAUUAAAUUCUAUACUGAGUGCCUUGGUAUUUUUAGUUAUCUGCAGCCUAGGUCCAAGGCUACUAAAAGCUCCUGGGCUGACAGCUGUGACAGCUUGUGUGCCUCUGGCAGAACAGAAGGAUCAAGCAAUGCUCUUCUGUAGGAGACAAGGCUUUCCUAGAGGUCAGCCCCAGAAUACAAAAGCACUCUCAUGGCUUUAAAUACAACACUCAGCCUCCAGAUGCACCUGCAAGAUGCAUUGCUUUGCCUUCUUAAGCAUAAAAACAUGGCAGCAAAGCAAAUGUGUAUGAAAUGACCAAAGCAACACAUUCAACUCAGUUCGCCCUCUGGGAGGAAGAGGAGAAGAUAAAGAGGUGAGUCAUGUUGUUUGCUGCUGUACAGGAAAGUGGUUAAUGGUUGGAAACGUCACUGAUGAACGAGAUUGGGAAACCUGAACAGACUAGAAAUGAACUUGCUUCUUUUCUCAUUAUGUUCUGCAAAUACAUUUUGGUGGUAGAUUAUGUGCAAAGCAUGUACCAGCAAGUGUUUUAAUUGAAUGAUUUGUCAUCUUAAAGCAUCUUUAAGAUGCUAUCUAGGUUUGCUUCAGGUGUUAAAAAAAAAAAGUCACAAAUACUUUCAUUUAAAAACAUGCCCAGUCAAUCCCUGUCUCCAAGAUUUAUGAACAGCACAGAGCUAAUAAAUACCUGCAUUGCACCGUGGUAAAGUUCUGCAUGGCGUUUGCUCAAAUUCAACCAUGCCUCUGUAGGACUGGGCUCCAUUAUUUUCUGGGGUUUUUAAAUCUCUAGACCUACUUACCUUUAUUGCUGGCUAAAUGUUUAUUUAGAAUUAUGCACUGCAGUGAAGCCUACCUGCUUUCUCUCUCCUUGACUAUUUUACAGAAAGAAUACAAAACAGAGCAGUCAUAACCCUCUGUGUGUUCUUUAUGGGCUGAUUCAACUAAAAAAAAAAAAGAGAGAAAAAAGUUUAUCUCGUGUUAGACAAGUACAGCAACAGCAGUUUUAGGUCUGUGGCCUAAAAGUACCAUAGUGAUGUGGUGAGAAAGAGAAGAUAAGUAGAGGCUGCAAUAUUCUGAGCGGUUUUCCUCUCACUUCCUUUUAUCCUGCAGCACACAGGGUGUGGAGGUGAGGAACAACUUCCUUAGUGCAGGAGCUCUCCAGGCUGCUUGCCUGCAGUGCUGGAGCCCCGGGGGCCGUGCUCAGUGUCCACAAUGUCACAGGUGCAGUUCUACAAUGAGCUGCUGCUUGUGAACGUGGUGCUUUUCCUGGGGUUUUGGUGAAGGUGCUGGUGUGAGGUGCCUGAAGCUGCCUCUGCUCCUGUAUCUCUGUCGGUCAGUGGAGCUCAGUAAAUCAUUGUGGGGAGGUGAAGCAACUCUGGAGGGUCACAGAACAUAGGGAUCAUGUUCAAUGUCAUCUUCAUCUGCUGUCAUCGCUCCCAAGGUUGCACAGCCUCUGUUGGGCAGCUGCAGAUGUUAUUUUUAGAAGCAGACAUCAGGGACAGUUAGUGUUUUGGUAUUUCAGUCAUAGAAUGAUACAAUACCAGGUUGGAAGGGACCUCAGGGUCCAACCUUUCUUGCCAAAAGCCCAGCCCAGGCAAGGUGGCCCAGCACCCAGUCCAGCUGAAUCUUAAAAGUGUCCAGUGUUAGGGGAUCUAACACGUCUCUGGGGAGAUUAUUCCAAUGGUUUGAUUGUUACUGUGAAAAAUUUGCUUUGGCUUUUGUUCUUAUGGCUUGUGCAUACCUGGGUCGUGGGUUAGGUUUCCAUUCUCUGAUGCUGGGCUCAGCACUGGUAUUUCUAAGGAACAGCAGGAAUUCCAUGCAUGGUGCCUUUGCUAAAGGUCUAUCAGUGUCUGAUCUGUCACACACACACACAGAAAGCAUAUAUAGAUAUACACAAAACAUCUCUGUAUGCAUACUCACAGUGGUAGCAGGCUCUGUAGCCAAAGCUUUUUGAAAAGUUUGUCUGUCAUUGUGCAGUGAGAACCCGACCAAAGUGCAUCUGGGGACUAAAAGUGGGGCCAGGAAAAGUGCUCGGUGUGGGCAGCCAGUGAUGUGUGCGGUGAAUGGAACAUUCCCUGUUGUGAGCAGAGGUGUUGAAAUGCCUUAUUUGAAAUAAAGACAAAUGUUUUGGAGGGGUUGGUGCUGCAAAGAACAGGUUUAUGAAGUUACUGCUGCUUGUUUUCCAACUGAGAGGACAGGGGAGGGCUGGGGGCUCUUCGUGUGCAGUUGGUGUGGCUGGGCCCCUCUUGCUGAGUAAGCACAUACCUCUGUGCUGGGAACACAGACAGCCUUUUGCACAAAGAAUUUUUUCAUUAUAGACUCCUCUCUGCAGCUUUUCUUAGCAAAGUAUCAGUGCAGAGUGGAUGUUGUAAUAAAUCAGUUGCUAGCAUGAAAAUGUAGUUAUUUCUUUUGCUUAAAUCAAAAAGAUGCUUUUGCAGAGUAUGUUUAAACUGUUCUUUUAUCACAAGGCAUUAACUUUGCAUUUCAUACCAAGGCUUCCAAAGCCCUUGAACUCUUAUCCCAGAACAGGUUUAAAUGCGAGAUAAUCUGCAAAGGAUGGUUAGCAUAAAUUAUAUUCUUCAAAGUUAAGUGCUAUAUAAAAGCAGAAGUUAAUCCUUGAAACUAAUUUUUAUUCUGGGUAUUAAGUCAAGAAGGGUUCUUCUGAACAGACUUUAUUCAUGUGGUUUAUAGGUUGUCAGCUAGAAUGUAUGCUUUUAAUAAAAUGUGGUGUCUGUAACAAACUGUGUAUGUAUCAGCUGGCAUCCACUUUGUUUCUGAGUCCAUUUUAAUCCAGGAUUUAACUGCUGAGAGGCCCUGUACAUUUGGUUUCAGCCAUGUUGUUACUUAUUUUACUGACACUCUAACUCAAAGGAAUCUUCAUCUUUACCACGAUUGCACAAGGACAGGAAAUGUCAAAGCCCUGAAACUGUGGCAACUGAAGUAAGUUCAGGUAUUUCCUAAUCCCUUAUCCCAGAAAUGUACCCUCCUGCCACUGCAAAAGGACACUGUCAGCCUUCCAAACACGGAAUUGCUUUCAGCCCUGGGGAACUGCAAGACUGUAGGAACUUUUAAACCCUUUUGUGGCUCAAACCCUUCUACACCACCAGCUCCUCACAAAGAAAUUCUCUGGGCUGGCUUUUUUUGCUUUUUUAUGUAUUUUAUGAUUCUCUCCCAGAUUUACAUAAUGAACUGCCAACAGGUAAUGAGGAUUAUCAUCCUUAGAUGGGAAAUGAUUAAAGUGGUAAUUCCUGUAGCAUGCAAGAGGCAUCUGCAAACUCAGGUGGUUGCACACAGUAGCUGUAAGAGGGGUUUUUGUUUUGUUGUUUUUUUCCUUCAAAUCACUUUGCAGGCAUUUUCCUAUGGGCCUGCCCACCCCAAAACAUCCAGCCCUGGCAUAAGAAGGGCUAUGGGUGAAGAGGUUCAGGUGAGUCAGAGCCAGCCCUUCCCAGCAGGCUCUGGUUGGGAAACAGCUGUGCUGUAAAUGGACUGAAUGUGUUUGAAGUGUGAGUAAUUUAUUAGACUACUCUGAGACAGGAGGUAAAUCAUCUUAUAGAUGGUAGAAUUAAGACACAGUUCUGGUUCCACAACUGGAGCUAAAAUUAAGGUUAUACAUUAUUUUGCAUUAAGUUCAAAUCAGUUCUUUGAAUUAGAAAUCAUCCAGAACAGCACUGCACCUAAAAACUUGAAAAAUCAUUUGAUUUAUUUGUUAUAUUUACAUAUUUGUCUUUAAGGUAAAAUUUAAACUUUUUGGAACGUUUUUGUGUAAUCUGCUCUAGGUUUAGCCCUUCACACCUUUUUGCUAUUUAACAAGUAUUUUAAUGAAAGGAAUUUCUUCCCUUAGCCCAGUAAGUGUAUCAGUGUUAAAAGUUCAGCUGUACAGAGUGCCUAGGAAAGCAUUCAGCUCAGUAAUCCAUCACUUCCUUUCUUUUAAAUCUUUCUUAAUCAAGUCUUGUAAUAAAUAAAGACUAAUACCACCAUGACAACACUGUUUUUUUCAAAUUGUUCAUUUGCCAGUUUUAACAAGAUAAAGAAAUGAAUACUUAAUGUGGACAUUGUUAUACCAAAAAAAAAAAAAAAAAAAGAACCCAACCCCUGAAACAAACAGACAAAAAAGGAGGACACAAAGGAACACACAUGGAAUGAUGAAAAGGAACAAUGAUAUUGCACAACUUCAGGUCUCUCUUCCCAGAUUUUGAUCCAUGUAAUUAAGUAUGUAUGAAUUCAGCAAAACAUUGUGUCCAGAUAAAUAGAUAAAUGUGUGGCCAUUUGAGUGAAUCUAGAACUGCAGAGUGUUUUCAGUUCCUUCUGACUGCUCCUUGGAGUUCUUCUCUAAGGGAGCAGGGUGCUGUCAGCUGCAGGGAUAACAAACAAACAUGUUGACUCCAUUUUGCUGACCAGUUAUCCGUAACCUGCACAAUUCCCCUACACUGUAAAUGCAGUAAGUCCACAGAGGACUUGGGUUGUUAAACACAACUUUUUGUAUCAAGUACUCAAACUGUAGCUGAAACACAAUCAAGAACAUCCCCAAUUUGCUGUGGUUAACUUGAGAUUGCUUCUCAGGGUGGCACUGAAUGUAUAAAGGUCACAGUAGGUACAUCAAGGGGGGGAAGAAAAAAGGAAAAAAAUCAUGCUAAGUGGAAAAAGGUCUUUACAGCUACAACCUUUGCCAGAGCCUCUCUUAACAAGCACAUACUGUUUGCUACAGGAACCAGCUAAUUGUGUCAUUCUGGCUAUAGCAGGACUGUUUGCCCCCUCCACUGCUACUCUUGACAGUCUGGGUUUAUAUAAACUUUGCAUUUAUGUGCAGAACAAAGUCUAAUUCUCUCCUCUAUGAGUUCAUUCCUGUUUGGUGGACUGGUGUGUCAGCCAGCAGGGCUCAACAGAUACAUUUAAUACAGGAGACUGAGAUACAGUAUGUUUAUUCUUAACUUCUGAUAACCUAAGGACUACAAGAACGAGAGAUGCAGUAUCCAUUUGCUAUGAUCCAAGACAACCAUCUUUAGGGAGAAAAAAGUAGAAUAAGUGAUCAAUACUAACACUACAUUAGUUCCAAAUAUAUAUAUUUUUUUUUUCAGUUAUGGCAGCUUAACUAUUUAUUGUUCAUCCGGCCCACUUUUAAUCUGAUCAAGUUAAAGGUCACAUAUUAAAGUUUAAGGACUGUUAUUUCAUCAAAACCAAAGGAAGUUAUAAAAACCCAUGAAACCAUAGUUUCACUGUAGGUCUUAUAUCUUCAUAUUCUGUAUCACUAGUAGAAAAGGGAUAAUGCAUCUCAGUUUGCUUACAAGCUAGGAGAUCACUUUGAAGUCUGCAUAUUCCUAACUGCAAACAAAAUAUAGCACUUUUAACAGGUUAUAAAUAAACUGGUUUUCAAGCAUAGAGCCAGCCCAACAAUAACAAUACACUAUUAAAAAGACCUAAGGCAAUGAAUUCCAUCUCCAAUGAAAAAAAAAAAAAAAAGAAAAAGAACUGUGCAAACAAGCUUAAAACUAUUUCUUUGUGCCAGUGUUAUAAAAUGUAGAUUUCAAUAAA